AUGUCGAAGAGAAUAAUGUGUGAAGUAUUCUGUACUGCUGAGGACUUAGGAAUGGACAUCUUUUAUAGCGAUACGGACAGUAUGCAUCUCUACACUGAAGAUAUCCCUCGUUUAGCUGAAGAGUUUGAGAAGCGUUAUGGAAGAGUUCUCAUUGGUAAAACAUUAGGUCAGUUCCAUUCUGACUUCGCAGAAAUAACACCUGGAAAACAAAGUUUAGCAUACAAGUCAAUAUUUUGUGGAAAGAAGACUUACAUAGACUUACUCACGAAUGAUUUAAAUGAAGUUGCAUUUCACUGCAGAAUGAAAGGCGUGAAGCAAGAUGUUAUUGCUUUAACCGCUAAUGAAAUGUUUCCUGACUCUGUUCAGUGUUUCUAUGAUGAAGAUAAAGGUUUAAUGGUUCCGCAAGGAAAAUUUGACAAAGACUCUGAGUUCAGUGUUAUGAAGUUAUAUAAAGCACUUUAUGACGGUCAAGAGAUUGCAUUCGACUUAUGUAAGUCGUGUCAACCUUGCUUUGUUGAAAAGUUUAACUUCUCAAUAACGACUAAAACAAGCUUUAUUCGUAAGUUGAAGUUCUGA